AAAAUUGUACAUAACCUCUAAACUGUUUACAAGCUAUGUUUAUUACUUUCUUGACACAGGAAACAAAUUAAAUACAGGAAAUAAAUUUGUUUUAUUUCUGUGACGAUAUGAGCAAAGAUAAAGACAUUAUUGUAUGUGUGCCAGGGCAGAGGUUAUGCGUAUCCGAUAAAUUCAAUAUUGCUGGACCAGGAACUUACGAACAACAAGGUUAUAUCUAUUCGAAAUUAGCUGGUGUGAUAAAGUUGAUACAAAAAGAAAAUACUCGUACUAUAGAAGUCCAUGGAAUAACAGAACAAAGUAUUGUACCUGCGCCUGGUGACAUUGUUACAGCCAUGGUUACCAUUGUCAAUCAAAGAUUUUGUAAAUGUAGUAUAAAAUGUAUAGGUGAUAUUGUAUUGACAAGACCUUACAGAGGAAUUUUAAGGAAAGAAGAUGUUCGCGCAAUAGAUAAAGACAAUAUUCAAAUGUACAAAAGUUUUAGACCUGGGGAUAUUAUUCUUGCAAGAGUUAUGCCAAUGACAGAAGCACAUACUUAUCAAUUAAGUACAGCAGAAAAUGAAUUAGGAGUAGUGAUAGCACAUAGUGAAGAAGGUGUAGCUAUGAUACCUAUUAAUUGGACACAAAUGCAAUGUCCCAAAACAUUACGAAAAGAAUUCAGAAAAGUAGCAAAAGUAGUACCAGAACAUGUUAUUGCAGAACAAUAACAUAAAUUCGAUUUCAAUUAUCAUAUCUGUUAUCAUAUUUACUGUGUGCUGAAGGAAAAU